UUUUUUCAAAAAGCAAGAAAUCAUGGCGUCGUCCCCCGUACCGUUCUCGUCGCCUAACUCGGGUGUGGUGGUCCUGGACCAGGUGCAAGAAGGACAGCAGCGAACCGAAGAACGCGUGAACAAGCAAGACGAAACCUGCACGAUUGCUCACCUAGCAGAUGGAAUUCCCCUCCCCCCCGAUUUCCAGAGAUCGGACGGAAAGAUCACGUAUGCAACAUCUUUUUGAGUGAGCGUUUCCUUUCGGGUGCAUGACAGCAAACUGUGUAUGAUUAAUCUUGUAGCACGACACCGUCGCCUCACUCAUAGGAUCAAAGCUGCACUGUGAACAAAUCUAUCAGAUCGGGUCCGCGAAGAUGCGCGUGUUCGUUGGCUUCGGUUGCGACCUCCAAGGUGCACAAGCACAAACAGUCUGGGAACCUGCACGUAUGUUUUUGUUUUGUUGCAAACAUCGAGGCCAAUCUGCAGUUUCCAGGAGAGGAUGUAGUAACAUCCCUUGUUGGGGCUUUGCAUGGUUGUGAAGUCGAAGGGGCAUGAAAUUUUUCACAGUUUUACCAGUAUUGCACCCGGUCGUGUACCUGCCGUACGCAAUUUUUCUGGAUGUCAAACACAGGUCUUGCCCACGAAGAAGAAGGAGCCGAAGAACGUGUUCGGUAUCCCAGAUAAGAUUGAACUUAGCAUCGCAACGAAUAUACGCCACCUUACGCAUGACAAACGAACUUUGCAUGGACAUCAAUAUUCAUGGGCAUCAACUACGUCGCAGCGUUGUAUUGCUAUGGGCAAAUAUUGACUUUUUCGUAGGAUAUCCAAGAAAAAAAUUCCGAUGGUCCGCGUAUACCGCUUCACGGCAACUGCCGCCCUGUGUGUGACCAUGGUCGUGGAUGUCUACGGCCGCGAGCACGUCGUAGACUCCGCCGUUAUCAAUUUCGACAGCAGUUUCACUGACGAGCAAGUAGAGGCAUCCGCAGCGGACGGGUUCUUGGAAGUGACUGCCUCCAGCAUGAAAAGCUCCUUUGACAAGAACGAUCUGUACCUGUACUUGGUGGAAUCCCAAGCGGUGAAGAUCACGGAAAGCCGAUUGAAGGCACAAAGCGGUGCAGCUGGGGGAGGAAAGCUGGAGGUCAAAAAGUGGAAGAGUUUGCAGGUUAAGGGUAUAGAAAAUGCAAUCCCAAGAACAAACUUAAAAACUUUACAUGCUCUGCUCCGUGCGCGGAAAACAAACCGGGCGCAGCCUUUGCAUUAUCAAAAGCGAAACCGCUUGCAGCUUCUAGAUGGUAGGGGUUACAGAAAUGCGCAAAAAGAUAUCGGCUUCAGAAAGUUCGGAGCUUGAAUUACAAGACACGCUGGGAAGUAGUCAGAGGAUGCCCAGCCAAAACAUGCGCUUGCUUUUCAUGUUGCGCGCAGUGUGAAAAAUGGCGCCCCAAUAUUGGCGUAUUUGGCGCGCGCGCGCGGGUGCGCGGGCGCUUGCGUAGGACUGCCUGCAAGUAUGAGUAAUGCGCAGAACAAAACACAGAAAAAAGCGCAAAAAUAAGCAAAAUUUUGACCAUAAUUGCGCUGUCUUUUGCGCGCGCGAAAACUACCACGGCAACCGAGACCAUACCGUGGCGUCUAAGAAAUUUACAGCUAGUGAAAAGUGCAUGGCUUUUUGCUGCAUAAUUCACAGCAAAAAAACAAGCAUUUUUCACAACGCAAAAAAAAGCAUCCGUCUUUAGAGCUCCGAUUUGUGAGAACUCUAUUUGCGGGCGCUUUUCCGGAAGCGUAUCUUGAGCUUUUCCGCGUGCUUGAACGUGCGCUGCAACAUGAUGUAGCGCAAAAAAAGCCACGCCAUCACGUUGAAGCAUCCGAAAAAGCUCAAGAAAUAGCAUAAAAAAGUUGCGGCUCCACGCCCGCGCGCGGAUAGUGUGUUUUUGGCCUGUAGCUGUUGUCUUUCAAUUGUUUCGCAGCUGGGGGCUAAAUCGGUUAUCGUGGUGCUGAUUCGGUUUUUCGUCGUGCUGGUGCAGCAAAAUUUCGCGCAUGUAAAAUUUUUAAGAUUGAAGAAGGAAUUGCAUUUUUUACACCUUUAAGCAGGUACUUGUCAUGAGGUUAGUUACCUCAAAGAAUUAUUUAUAUAUAUUUUGUUCGUUCUUGCGAUCUCGAAUGUGAAGCUGGAGGAGACCGUUUGCCUGCAUAAAAUGAUUGGACGACUUGUUGCUUUUUCGCCAUGUUGCAAGAUGUGACUGAGUACUUGUUACCUAGCACCAAACGUAUGCCAACAGACCAACGUGCAGACGAUCCUGGUUACCCCGCACUUGCAACUGGUCCCCUUCCCUGUGCUGGUGGACUACUUGGCCCAGUUUUCCACCGUGGACCUCGAUGGAUCCAACGCUAUCGAACUCGGCGAACUCGAGAAAGUCCUGCAAACGGCAGGCGGAAACGAGGCUGGUCCACAGGAAAUUAUGUCCACCGUGAAGUCCUUGUUCCUCCCCGCCGGGCCGCUGGCGCAUGUGGCACAAGUUUUGGGCGGUCUUGUCCGAGACCAGAAAGAGUCGCAGUACCCAGUGGCGAACGCGCCGGACAAAAAGUUGCAGCUUUCCGAGUUCUGUAGUGCCUGCGAGUAUUUGCGAACGACGAGCGACGACGGAGUGUUGACCACAUCAUUGCUUGCGGAUUCGUCGUUCCUGGAGAUGCAGAAAGAGAAAGUCGUCGGCAGUCUUCUCGGCCUGGCCGCUCUUUGCGGUCUUGCGGGAGCCCCAGAAGGGGCAAUCACAGCUAUGAGCAGCCGGUUGCUGCCAGGUCCGUCGCGUGAGGAACAACAAGUCGGCUAUUACGACACCCGAACUCACCAACGCGUAGGCGAUCACCAGGAGGGCUGACGCUGGGACGUUCUACCAGGAGGAAGGCAAUCAAAGACGCGAAUACUGAUAUUUGAAUAAAAAUUUUUUAAAAAAAAGCUCCUUCAAGCACAAGCUCCAAAAUUUUACCUUACAGCUGCGAGAAACAGGAUUACAAUGCAACUUUUUAGAACAGCACUGCUUUGUGACCUUCCCAACUUUUCAGUGGAUUUUCAACUUUCAAUACCGACAUCGUAACUUUUCAACAACUUCUAUUUUUCUCGUCUCAACUUUCAGACUUUAUCUUCCUUUUUCAACAAGAGCGCUUUACUUUUCAAAAACGACUUUCAGGGUUUUACGUUUAAACUUCAAAGUAGUAGUAUCCUUUUCUUCUGCUAGGUUCGUGUAGUUGUCCAGCAGAAAAAGUUUUUCUAUAAGGCCCCAAGCCACAUGUUGCUUGCCCAGCUUGUCUUUUUGUUGAAGUAGCGCUAGCCACGUGAGGAGAAAGCAAAAAACUUUCAAGAGGUUCCACGUGACCACUCUUCAAAACAAACGACAAACAAUUCUAAUUGCACUGUUUCAAUAGAAGAACCGUAUCCGUACGAUCUUUCUAUGUAUUGAAUUGGCGUGGGCGUGCGCUCUUGUUUGGUCACUGGUGCUACUAGUACGGCCAACAGUGGCUGCUUUGUUCCUUUUCUGUUCUUUAAAGCCGAUCCCGACGCGUGGUGGUCAACACAGCGAUUUCGUGUUUCACGAAAGAAAUCAC